UCGCGCUCCAUGGAUUCACAUAUGUUGCUACCGCUGGUAUGAGAUCCGACGCACGUUAUGAUCCCCUCUUAAAGUCAGGACAAGCCAGCUACGAAAGAGCAAGAGGCCGGGCGGCCGUCCUUGUUCUGCCGCAAGGCUGGACUUCCUACGCAACUGUCACGAUGGAUUGGUUCAAGUUGCAUACCAUAUCCGCACAUACUAAAGGAUGACUUGAUACAAGAUACAGCGUCCUCAGGUCAACACGCUCCGUCUCUCGUGCUGGUCCCUACUGCUUCAAAACACCUCUCUGCGUCAAAAUCUGCACCGCCGGCAUCGUAUCACUCAUAAUCUCAGCUCUGCUCAUCUCGAUCCCGCCAUGAGCCGCGCCCUCGUUCUUUUCGUACACGAAAUGAAACCCGCCCGGAAUCUUAACAUCCCACUCCCGCCCUUGCAAAUCCUUGACCUUCUUUUCGCCCGGGGUCGGCUCCCCAAUACAGUUGGCAAACAUGUACGCCUGGCCGAGCAUCCCCCACCCGUUGCUGGUUUCCCAGCAGACCAAGAAAUACGGCUCGUGGAAUUCCUGCGUGAAAGCCGCGUACAUGGCCUUCUGCUCUUUCCAACAUUCGGCCGGAUCGGUGUACGUAGAUCCGUCUGGUUUGACGAGCACGUAAUUGGAGCUGUGCCAGUCCGAACUUGUCUGCUGCCAGUUUUCACGCGAGUUGAACGUCUUGGUAUAGUCUUCCAUCCACUUCAUGGCUGGAUGCGCCCGUGUUUCGUCGUCCCAGGUCCCACGGUGUAUGUAGGCGGGCUGUGUAGGUACAGACAUGGUCGGCUGUGUCAGUAUGUUGAGACUGUGUGGGUGGGCAGGAAGGUCGAUAUCAGUUGAUGUAAACAACCCCAACCACGCCGCGAUGGUCAAUCGGGGUUGAGACGCUUUAUGUAGACUGAAGUUGCUUGCAAAUCAAG